ACUGGGUUCGGUCCCGGUUUAGCGAAGAAGACAUUCAUGCUUCUAGCAUUGCUCCGAAACUGGAGUAGACACGCCGCUAAGAGUACCGGUUCUAUGCCUAUUGUGGAUAAAAGGCUGAUUGGUUUUGGGGGGAUAUACUGGGGAUACUCUCUAGACCGGGGGGGAUGGAGGGGAAUUCAUGGAAUUCAUAGGUGGGGGUUUCGUUGCUUUCGUUGCUUCAAAUAUCAACUUACAAACCCCUCUAUCAACCUCUCGUCUAUAGUAGGUAUUCCUAUAAUUUUUUUGUAUCUACCUCCUAACGAUAGCACCCAACCCUUAUUUAUAUCUCAAAAUGUCUAAAAACGACCAAUACGAGGGUUUCCAAGUCGAGUCGCCCGACACCUGGACCCAGUUCCACUUGAACAAGUUCGACACCAAGCCCUUCGGCGAUAACGAUGUAGAAAUCAAGAUCGAUUGUUGUGGUGUAUGCGCUAGCGAUGUCCACACUAUCACCGGUGGCUGGGGCGCUCAGCGUUUCCCACUGGCAGUCGGCCACGAGAUCGUCGGCAAGGCUUUGAGGGUUGGCCCCAAGGUCACUCUUGUCAAGCCUGGCCAGCGUGUUGGUGUUGGUGCCCAAUCGUGGUCUUGCUUAAGCUGUCGCCAAUGCAAAAACAACAAUGAGACAUACUGCUCCCAAUGGGUAGAUACUUAUGGUGCUGUCUGGCCGGAUACUGGUAUCGUGACCCAGGGUGGCUUUUCAUCCCACGUGAGGACACAUGAAUAUUGGGUAUACCCAAUCCCAGAGGCGAUACCAAGCCACCUUGCCGCGCCGAUGCUAUGUGCCGGUAUCACCAGUUAUAGCCCGUUAGUGCGAAACGGUGCCGGACCCGGCAAGAAGGUCGGUGUCGUAGGCUUGGGAGGUUUAGGACACUUCGCCGUUCUCUUCAGCAAAGCAUUAGGCGCUGAGACGUGGGUCAUCUCACGCACACAUAGCAAGGAGGCGGACGCGAAGGCGAUGGGUGCCGACGGGUUCUUGGCUACACAAGAUAAGGACUGGAACAAGGACCACCUAUUGUCGUUCGACCUCAUCAUCAGCACCGCAAACAGCACCGGCGAAGGCUUCGACCUAAGCGGUUAUCUCGCCCUUCUCGACGUCCACGCGAAGUGGAUCUCGGUUGGCUUACCCGAAGGAGAAGGACUAAGCGUAAAGGCUAUGGAUCUCGUCACCAAUGGCUGCUUGAUUGGCUCGUCGCAUCUGGGAAGCCGGCGUGAGAUGCUGGAGAUGUUGCAGCUGGCUGCAGACAAGGGGAUCAAGUCCUGGGUCGAGGCGGUGCCCCUCAGCGCGGAAAACUUAUCCACGACGGUGCAGAAGCUUAAGAAAUCUGACGUUCGGUACCGGUUCACCAUGACCGACUACGACAAGGUCUUCGGCGCGUAGAGGAGUUAGAAUAUAGAGGGAUUGCCU